CAGGGAGGGAAGAGCAUAUACCCCCGAUAAACGACAACUGCUGGACCAACGGACAUCAUGGAGUCCCUAAGCCAGCAAGCUCAUACCAAACUUUCCCAGACUUUCUUGUCGCUUCCUCGCAAACACGGAUUCCAUUUCACUCCUUCCGCCAAGAAUGACCUCUACACUGUUCUUUUCGGUGCAAUCUCCGCCUCAAAUAAGUAUAAUCAUCUCUUCUUUACUCAUGGAUUGCCUCGAGAGCGAUUGCCCGAUGGCAGCGUUGAUUGGAGUCUGGUAAAGGCACAAGGUGGUGGAAGGAAAGGUGGACGGGGUGAAGCGUGUGGACAUGUCUUCAAGAAGGGAGAAGCCGUUUACCGAUGCAGAAACUGCGGUCUCGACGAUACAUGCGUCAUGUGCUCCAAAUGCUUUCACGCCUCCGAACACACUGGACACGAUACGUCGCUCUCCGUGAACGGCGGCAGCGGUGGAUGCUGCGACUGUGGUGAUCCGGAAGCGUGGAAACAACUUUUAAAAUGCGCAAUUCACUCUGCCGACGUGGAACCAACACCUUCCGAAGAAGUGGCCGAUCCAAUGGCCAAGGAUCCUACACCAAUACCCGACGAACUUAAGGAUGCGAUUCGGAGGACAAUUGGGCAGACAUUGGACUUUAUGCUUGACGUUAUCAGUUGUUCGCCGGAGAAUCUGAGGUUGAAGAGGAAUGAUAAGGAUGUCAUGGCGGAUGAGACCUCGUCACGAUUAUUCGAGGACGUAUACCCACGGUCUUCUCCGGAUGACCCUACAGAAGAGCAAGAUGGGCAGGAGCUUUGGGCGGUGGUUCUUUGGAAUGAUGAGUCGCAUACAUUCAUGGAAGUCAUUGAGCAAGUGUCGCGAGCAACCGGUAAAGGCCGUGCAUUCGGGCAAGAUGUUGCCAACAAAGUCGACAAUAUCGGACGCGAAACGGUGGAGAUCAGCAGUGCACUUCCGCAUUGUAUGAAGGUUGCCUCUGUUAUCGAACAGAUCCGUCUCGCUGUCACGGUCCGUUCCGCUCGUGAUGUCUUCCGCGAGGAGAUGUGUGGUGUAAUCAUUGAGUGGCUGAAGGACAUUGCCGGAUGCAAGGUCGGUGACGAUGACAACAUCUUGAGGGAAAUCAUCUGCGAGGAGUUGUGCAAGGAAUGGAAGAGGGGCAGUGCUGGUGCAAACGCUGGCGUUGGCCUUCAGGGUUACGAUGAGGUGGAGGAUCCGAGUGAUAUGGAAAGCGACGAGGAUGAUAGCGAUGAUGAGAACGCGGCGCAGGUGACUGGAUUCGGCGCUGAGGACGUGGCUCUUAUGGGUGCCGAGAAUGCUCUGGAAGAGAUAUUGCUGCUUGCCGGAGAAGAUGCUGAUGAUGGUGGUGACAUGGGCGUUCAAGUGCAGCAGCUUGUUCCCGUACUCAACGCUGCAGCGGCAAGAGCAACAGCAAAAACACCCACACCUCCGAAGAAAGUUCACGCGAAAGCCCACUGGUUGGAGAAGAAGCCUGUUGGGCCUACCGAGGUAUGGGAGGACACGAAGAAGUAUCUCAGGCUGGAUUGGCUGUUCCUGUUUGAUCUGAGGUUAUGGAAGAACGCCCGAGAAGGUUUGAGAGAGCUUUACAUCGGCACCAUGGUGGUGAAGCCUGCUUUCAAGAGGAUCAUGGGUAUUCGUUUUGCUCGUGUCUAUCCCAAACUCGCUGAAGCUUUCCUUAUUGCCGAUCGCGAGCCGGAGCACUCGAUUAUUCUCUUCUCCGUGCAGAUAUUCACCGUUCCGUCAAUUGCUACUGAACUAGUCACUCGGUUUAACUUCUUCACAGUGCUCUGCGCCGCUCUGUAUACGUUCUUUACGUACAAACAAAUUGAACCUCCAGCAAGAGUCGACCCGAACGCUAUCGCUCUAUGCGAAUCGUCGAGCUUCAAGAAUAGGCGUUACUACCAUCUCUUCCACGAUUUUCGGUACCUCCUCAACACUGACGCCAUUAAGAAGGAUAUCCCAGCGUCGAGCUCGUACUAUUCGCAGUUCUUCGACUUUGUGCACCUCUUCCAGGGAAUUAACCCUAACAAGCGCAUCAGCGAUAGACACGUCGAGUACGAGUCCGAUACCUGGGCGAAUGCGUUUAAUGCUAUCAUCCAGGUAUCGAAGGUUUGCAAACUUUUCGCAGAUGCUUACGCAUACGCUUCACCGAUACAAGUGUGCAGCGCAAUAUCGGAUCUUACGAAAAUGCUGGGUACUUGGGCUAUGGGGGGUGACCGAAUGAGGUUCCUGAACAACGAACCUAAAGGUCCUGUUAGGUUCUACCAGCCACCUCAACUGAUCACUAAUCGACGUGUAAUUGAGUUUGAGGUCGAUAAGGAAUCUGUGAGUUUCCAUCAUCCUAUGCAUUGGCUUCUUAUCUCGCUGGUCGAGCAGGCCGGUGUGCUUCCUGCAGACAUGAUCAAACAGUUUGUUCUUGAACCCUGCAAACGGGUUGGGUCUGUUGCCGGCUACCACGCUUUCGCGGAAGCUGAGCAGGUAUUCCUUGCCAUUGCGGACUACCCGUUGAGAACGUGCGUGCUGCAAUCUCAAGCCAAGAUGGGCUUCUGGGUACGUAAUGGUGUUAGCAUUCGUGGGCAACAACACCAUUACCAUGAGACCUCAAUCAGGGUGCAUACUUACGACAAGGACGUUCUGUUUUUGCAGUUAGCGCUGUGCAUUGUUGAUCCCGAGCUUGUCCUUAUUUCCAUGAUGGACCGCUUCAGGGUUCCGAUUCAGGUAGUAUCGCAAUUGCAAGACCAUCCCGCGUACGACAAAGAGCAGUACCUGUAUAUGUUUGAAGAGAUGUUGGCACUACUGAUUGCUCUUCUAUCAGAGCGAUCGAGCGCGGUCGGUUGGAGUCACGAACAACAAGCAGGACGGGAAAUCGCACAUGCGCUGUGCUUCGGUCCUCUAACUUACUCUGACCUACUCAGACGCAUCCCUGAACGUGUUGCUGAUGAAGGUAACUUUGAAGAGAUUCUUGGCAAGUUUGCCUCGUUUAGGGAGCCAGAUGGCCUGAAUGACCAGGGAACAUAUCAACUCAAGGAUGAGUUCUUUGAUAUGGUUGAUCCGUAUUUCUUCCACUUCUCACGUAAUCAACGCGAGGAGGCCGAGUCUGUGCUCAGGAAGCGCUUGCAGAAGAAGCUCAAGGCUGAAGGUAAAUCGGAGAAGGACGCGGUUGUGGUUCCAGCGCUUCGCCCGGUUACGAACGGACCUUUCACCAGCCUUGGUGACGUUGUGCGCACACCUGCGUUCGUCUCCAUCAUCAUCGAUGCCCUUGAUUGGGUUCGUGUGACUUUGGAAAGCUCUAAGGCGGAAACCUUACUGGAUCAGGCCUUACAUCUCACCAUCUUGGCCAUGAAGCAAGACAAAAUGGACGGACGAAAUGCCUUUGCUGUCCAGGCCUGCACGUUUUCGCCGGUCGGUAGUGUCGACGCUGAAUACAGGAGGCCCUGUAUCUUGGAACAACUGAAGUUCUUUUCGACCAUCGAAGAUGUUAACGCGCUUCAUCCGAAGAUCUCCUUGGUCAUGAAUAUGCUGAAGGAAUUUGACUUGCAAUCUUUGCCAGAAAAUAUUCGCAGCGACAUUUUUGGCAGAUCCGACGGUGAAGCCAAUCCUUCGGCCACCGCUGCAGCUGCCGAGGCUCAGCGUAAGAAGGAAGAAGCGAAAGCCAGGCAAGCCAAGAUUAUGGCUCAGAUGCAGGCGCAGCAAGCUAGCUUCAUGGCCAACAUGGACUGGGGCUCUGACGAAGAUGAAGACAUGGAGGAUGACGCACCGACUACAGGUUCGACUCCACACAAACACUGGGAGUUCCCUUCAGGUACUUGUAUCUUGUGUCAGGAAGAGUGCGGUGAAUCACAGAUUUACGGUACUUUGGCAAUGGUCCAACCUACCAAUGUCUUCCGCGAAACACCGUUCGAACACAAUGACUUUGUCUAUGAAGUCCUGGGUGUGCCCUCAAGUCUUGACCGAUCCGCUGAAGACAUUAGGCCGUUCGGCACAGCUACCUUGAAUAAGGAAGUGCGUUCAACUCUCUCUGCCGAUGGUAAGAGGAAGAAGGUUGAAGAUCAAGGUCUUGGGAUGGGCUGGCCUCCUGCGUGUGUUCGUGACAGAAAAGUUACUACUGGUUGUGGGCAUCUAAUGCAUGCAACGUGUUUUAACCAGUAUCAUGAGAGCGUCGUACAGAGACAUGCAGUUCAGUCCUCAAGGAAUCAUCCCGAGAAUAUACAUCGCAGGGAGGUUCUUUGCCCGCUUUGCAAGAGUUUGGGCAACGCAUUCCUUCCGAUUCUCUGGAAGGGUAAGCAGAUCUCCUAUCCUGGCGAGCUUCGAUCAGGCCGGGAUCUUGGACAAUUCUUGACAGAGGAGGUUGGUGCAGCGCUUGGCCGUUACCAAACAUGGGGCGAUGAGCCUGACUUGCAGCCGGAGAUCAAACUCCCCAUCAAAUUCAAUAACUCAUCACGCGAACUUUGGUCUUGCCGCACGAAGAAAUUACGAGAUGCAGUUACCUUCUAUAUCGAAGACGCUAUGUUUGAGCCUGUCCUCAAAGCCCUCGAUGAGAACCACCUCGAGAACGCCGUUUCGCACCUGAACUUCAGGCAAAUGCGUGGUGUUGGCGGAGACGCAAUAAGUGAAUCCGAGGUCUUGUAUACCAUGUACCGCCGCUUCCGCGCAAGCUUUUCGGCAGAAGAAGAGAGGUUCCGAAGCGACGGUGGCGCGAAUAUCAAGGGCGUAGAGAUGUGUUGGGAGCUGUACGCGUCCACCGUAGCGGCAGCAGAGAUCGCUCAACGAGGCAGCGUUUUGUCGCAGGACCCCGUUCCUCAAACGCUUAUGGCGGCUAUUCCGGAGCAGACAUUGACUAUGCUCAAGGUUCUGUGGGAGUCAUGCAUGACAUUUACUACGCUUGGCAUCCGAUUGGGUGGACGCUCGCAGAUGAUGCCGGAAUGUAUCAAGGUUGUCGAAAGGACGCUUACUCAGAUCUUCUUCGGACACCCCCAUAUCGAUGGCCUCCAGGAAGCUGAUGGCUUAACGCUUGACUUCAAGCCGUUGUUGUUCGACGAUCCAUUCGAGGUGCUUGUGUCUACCGCCUACUCACUUGCGCCUGCACUGAGAAUCGACAUUCGCCACAUUCUCCACCUAUGCUGGAUUGCGCAAGUCGCUCAGAUCAUCAUUACCAUUGCUAAUGAGAUCCAGACCGAGGAUAUGACGUGGUUUAAAGAUCAUCGCAUUCAGGCAAUGGCUGGCAGCCUGCAAUACCCAGAACAAGACCUGGAGAGCUUCAGGAACUAUACGUCUUACUUGUUGCUUCAUGCGGGUGGAAACGACAUCCAUCCUGAUGUGAUCACGAAGCUCGAUACGCGCAUUUGGAUCUGUAUGGUUGAAAAGUAUGCCUUGCCCUUCUUGCGCAAAGCAGCCAUUUUCUUCCAUACUGGAUGCGAUGUGGAGUUCAGCGACGCACCGAGAGUUAACGAAGACGAGCCUGAGUUGGUUCGCUUAUACCGACUGAUGGAUUUGCCUUCAUUGACUGAUAUCUGUGCCCUUCACGAAUCAACAACUGCAGACGGCAUCAUCCUCAAGGAGAUGAUUUCUGGAUGGUGCAGGCAUUACCAUUGGUACAAGCACGCUGCUAGAGGAAUGGACUUGUCCACGGAGCAGCGGUCGCAGUUGACUACCAGGAUUAGACUUCCUCACCCGACGAUCUAUGAGUUGAUUGGCUUGCCGCGAAGGUUGGACAUACUGUUUGAGGCGUCUCUGUCACACAGAUGUCACCGCUGCGGGAAGGCACCCAGUGACCCAUCCAUCUGUCUCUUCUGUGGAAUGUUCGUCUGCAGUCAGUCUUUCUGCUGCUCAGAAGAUGGCAAGGGAGAAUGCAAUCGGCAUGCACAAGACUGUACCGGGUCUAUCGGAAUGUACCUCAUGGUCAAGAAGUGCGUCAUUUUGCUUCUCUACAACGGCAAUGGGACAUUCUUCAACGCACCAUACCUGGACUCUCACGGCGAAGUCGAUGUUGGUUUGAAGCGUGGUCGACCUCAGUUCUUGAAUCAGAAGCGCUACGAUCUUGCGGUAAGGAAUCUAUGGCUCAGUCAUGGGGUACCGAGUUACGUUGCUAGGAAGUUGGAGGCUACCAUUGAUAUCGGAGGUUGGGAGACGCUUUAG